AGAAUUGUUUGUCAUUUAAUUAAAUAAGUAAAUACGAUUAAUCUAGUGCUAUGUAUGAUCUAGUUCUAUGUUCUAUAAAGUAAUAGUGAGUCAGUUAAUUAUUCAUCGUAAAUAAUAAAUAAGUUGUAAGUAAGCUUUGUAUUUAAUAAAUGCAGUCCACCUGGUUUUUUAACGUAUGUAAAAUAAUCACUUCAAUUUUUGGUGAGCGAUAAGCCCCACUCUUUGAUAAGUGAUUUUUAUGAAAAUCUAGUGAAAUAUUUGUUUACAUGGAAAAGUAUUAAAUUUCAUUGUGUAACUGCCGAUUUUGAUUAUGCAAAAUAUCGACCAAACUUCAUACCCUUGUUUCUGCAUGCAUUCACCUGAAAUACAGGUAAGUUUACACUUUAAAUUUGACUUAACAUUAUCUAAUUUCUUGUUUAUCUCUAGAUAAGAACAUAUCCGACUAAUUUACCCACUCAUCCCCACCAUGCCGUGCUGCGGAGACGGUCAGCAAUUGACCAAUUGCCCACCGGGAAACCCUCCCGCUCGGUUUCGACCCUGUCGCCCACGCCCAGCUCUCGAACAGCUGCAAGAAGACCAGAAACGGUACGCGAUGCAGGAGACGGACGAUUGUCGGAAAGGAAUCGUACGAAAGUACAUUUGGUCAACGACUUAUCGCGAAAUGAACAAAGAUGGGGCGCCACUCCCACUCGCAGUGCUGGAAAAGCCAGCCAGCUCGCAAGAGAGACCACCGGGCGAUCCGCUCGCCCGCGCUGCAGAACUUGCCCCUUUCGCCAUGAUGAAUUUGGGCGAAGUGUUCGAAAAAUGGGAUCGACCUCAAGUGCGAAAGAUGGCUGGGAGGUGUGACACCAUGUACAACAGACCUGAUCUUGGGCACGACUCGUACUUCCAGGAACAUCGGCUUUGUCGAGCAAAGUAUGCUCGAUGUCCCGAAGGUCAUGAUUUACCAACCAAAGAAAAUCUUGAACUGGUUCGGAAAAAUAUGUUGCGACAACCCUACGACAGAAUGAUUCCUGGGUACGGAGGAUAUGAGUGCUUCGUUACACCGCCGGUAUGCAAAGUGAAGAAAAUUUUAAACCCGGCCGAUCCUUACGAUAUUAUGACCAUGUAUCAAGAAUGUUUCAUCAUGCAUCCCAAAGAGGUUUAUGAAACUCCGGUGAAACCUUUGAAACCCAGUGAUUUUGACAGAAUGGGUAUCGCCACGAAUCCAAUUUCAACCCUGGGACGAAUCCCAAUUCCGGAUUGUCAACGUCUCUCCUGCUACUUGGAGUGCAACUGGGACGAAUGCCCAAGAGAUCAGAUGCCUCUACAAUCGUGCAAUAAUUAAAGUAUAGUUGUAUAUACACAUUACGUAAUU